AUGCAGUUCAUAACAGCAGGCCUCCGAGUCUUCCAACUCAUCUUCACCAUUAUCGUCCUCGCCCUCUCAGUAAAGCUAGCCAAAGGACAAGAAGUCGGCUCCGUGCCCGCAGAAACAGGCUAUGCAGCCUUCACAGGCGGAUUCGGCAUCCUAGCAGCGAUAGUCGGUAUCGCAGCUCUAUUCGUCGAUUCUUUAGACGGGCUCGUCACGAUGGUUCUUGAUGGUGUUUCGGGUCUCGCCUUGUUGGCUGGUGGUAUUGUUUAUGCUGUUCGCCUACGCGGCACGAGCUGUUCGGAUUACUAUACCACUUGGGAUAAUGUCUUGCUCAAUGGUGGGUGCAUCAAGCUCAAUAGUGAGGACUUUGUUCGUUGCGCGUAUACGAAGGGUCAGUUGAAGCCCAGGUGUACUUCUGCUACUGCGGAUGCUGCUUUCAUGUUUUUGGGUUUUGUCAUGUGUGUUGCGGUGGUUGGGGCUUCUUUUGUGUUCCGGGGUCGACGCUGA